ACCAAAACCAAAACAAACAAACAAAAAAAAAAACUCACUUCCGGUAGAGGGGAGUGGCGGGAGCAUCUCUGUUCCAGGAUGAAGGAGGUGGAGAAGGUGUACUUGGGGAAGACACUGACGUACUCCCCGGAUCCACGCCUGGGCCAGGACUCAGAAUGGAGCCCUCCCGGAAAAGGCUUUGCUCAGGGCCUCAAAGGCUACACGAGCCCUGCCAUCCUUGCUCUAAGGAGCCUCCCCCAGGGCUUGGCCAUGGGACCCUCGAGAUCCAGGAAACAGCACUUGGGGGUCUGGUGUGUCGGAGCACCUCAACCUGGACUGCACUGGGGACCUCUGGAAGAAGAGGCCGUCUUGGAGAAGGGCGAGGGAAUGAAGACAUCGCACGAGGAGGACUUCUCGUUAGCCCCGUGCGGAGCCAUAUGUACCUGAAAGCAGAGCUCAUCUUGGACCAGUCUGGUGCAGCCAGGAAGACUGCAGAGUGAUGGAAAUGUGUCCUUGGUUUGGGUCAGUGAGAAGCUUCACCUGCAGGUGAGCCAAACCGGGCUGCCAGGUGUUGAGUUGCUGCUGCGCCCACAGCCUCCCCCAAAAAGUCUAAAUGUCCUGCACCCCAAGCUAGAAGAAGUAGCAGCCAUAAUGGUGGCAGAAGAGGAGUCUGCCGCACGGGAGGAAGCAGCCUCCCCUCAAGAGGAUUCAGCAGAGUCUUGCACAGAUCCUGGUCACGAGUCACCCCAGAGCAUCCAAGGAGAUAAUAAACUAGUCUCUGAAUCUGUGGCCCAAACCGAAGAUCAACCUUUCAAGGGUAGCCAAGAUGACAGCAUGGAUAAACCAUGCCUACCACAGACAGCACCUGAGCCUCAGAGCAACCCAGCUGCCCAGCAGAGCCUAGAGAGUUUAUUACCUCCUGAGGGUGCCCAGCUGCAAACCUGCCCAGCCAAGAAGUUAGAAGUCCCCAGCAGUCAGUGCCUGGCUGCAGCACAGAUCUCAGAGCCCAGCUCUGACAUGCUUGUACUGCUCUGCAGCCCUCCAGACCCAGUAGGAAGCUCCUCAAAGCAGGGCCGACGAUACAGGUGUGGGGAGUGUGGCAAGGCAUUCCUGCAACUAUGCCAUCUUAAGAAGCAUGAGUUUGUGCACACGGACCACAAGCCCUUUCUGUGCACCGAGUGUGGCAGAAGCUACAGCUCUGAGGAAAGCUUCAGAGCUCACGUGCUGGGCCAUCGUGGUGUGCGGCCCUUCCCUUGCUCUCAGUGUGACAAGGCUUAUGGUACCCGCAGAGACCUCAGAGAGCAUCAGGUGGUCCAUUCAGGUGCCCGGCCCUUUGUGUGUGAGCAAUGUGGCAAAACCUUCGCCCGCCGACCUUCCCUGCGGCUACACCGGAAGACCCACCAGGUGCCAGAUGCCCCUUCAUCAUGCCCGUGCCCAGUGUGUGGACGGCUCCUGGCCACCCAGGGUUCCCUUCGGAACCACAUGAGGCUGCACACUGGAGAGAAGCCCUACCUGUGCCCACACUGUGGUCAAGCAUUCCGCCAGCGGGGCAACCUCCCAGGACAUUUGCGGCUACACACAGGGGAGCGCCCCUACCAAUGCCCACAUUGUGCCAAUACUUUCCCCCAGCUGCCUGAACUGCGACGCCAUCUCAUCUCCCACACUGGCGAGGCCUACCUGUGCCCCGUGUGUGGGAAGGCCCUGCGAGACCCACAUACACUCCGUGCUCAUGAACGCCUACACUCGGGGGAGAGGCCCUUUCGCUGCCCCCAGUGUGGCCGAGCUUACACACUGGCCACCAAGUUGCGCCGCCACCUCAAGUCCCACAUGACAGACAAGCCGUACCGAUGCCCCAUCUGUGGUAUGGGCUAUGCUCUCCCUCAAAGCCUCAAGCGACAUCAGCUCAGUCACCAGUGUGGGGUUUCAUCCAGCCCUUCUCUGACUCCUGCUGCCUCUGAGCCCCCUAUGCUGGACACGUGUAGCCAACAGGAAGCCCCGCGGGGUGAGGGCAUUGUGGAGGUCACCAUCUGUGAAAGCCAGGAAAAGUGCUUUAUAGUACCGGAGGAGCCGGCCCCCAGCCCCAGCCUGGUGCUCAUCCGCAAGGACAUGGGCUUUAGCGGCUGGACCAAAGUGGUAGAGGUAGAGGCAGGCACCUGACACCGUCAUCACCCCUUCUUUACCCCUACGAGAGCUCUCUGUGAGGACUUGUAGCAGUGUGUUUGUGUCAUUCCCUUCGGGUCUCCUGAGAGCGGCAGGAACCCAGCUGACUGGCGUCUUAGGAUUGGAUAGACUCAGCUGCUGAUCCACCCACCACAUGCCCUCUGUAGUUCAGGUUUUAGUUCAGUCAGCUGCUUUCACAUCUGAAGGUUGUGAAAGCUAAAGGAGACACUGUGGGGAGAUGGGUGGGGUGGGACUUGUGCACUCCAUAAGCUCGGCCACGGAAGCUAUGAGGGGUUAACACGAUUUGCUUGUGCACUCUGUGAGCCUAGACAACAUGAGAUGUUGGGGACAAACCAAACAGGCUCAUGGUGACACACCCCUGGAAUCCCAGCACUCAAGCAGAGGCAAAAGGGUUGCCUCAAAUCUAAGGCCAGCAUGGACUGUGUAAGGGGACCCGUUUCAGUGAGGGAGGGAGAAACGGUAAUGGCCUUUACAAAGCUUGUGACUCACUGAGCUGUGAGGAUGGGUCCAGUAUGACCGGGUAGGCUGGGGGUCAGCUCACACCUGGAAUCCCUGCUCUUGGAAGCACAAGUUUGCGACCUACCUGCCCGACCUUAGGAAGAAGAAAAACCAUUGGAUACGAGUUCAGAGGGGACAUGUUGUUAUAUGAUAGUGUGAUGUGAUCUCAGUAUCACCGUGGGCCUCCCCAGGGGUGACAACAGGAGUAUACCUUCGUGGUGAGCCAGACUUUGUGUGAACUUAUCCGUGUUGAGGUAGUAUUUCUUUUUUAAACAAAUAGACAACUGUAAAGCACUUUAAAUGUGCUACCAUAGCCACAAAGCUGCCCAUGGGCUGUCUAAAGUCAGCCUAUUCCACCUCAUGCUGUUCGUAGGCUUCCAGUACAGACACCGCACUAUCUUGGUUUACCUGUUGUUGGUAGGUGAAUGGAUGUUCAAGAGGUGAGAGGCAGGAAUGGAGAUAUAAUUCUAAAGAGGUGGUGAGGAGACGCCUUAGUGCUAACUUGCUUUAGAUGAAGAUGCAGAACUCUCCAACCCUGGACCAUACCUGCCUGGAUGCUUCUGUACUCCUGCCUCGAUGAUAAUGAACUGAACCUCUGACCCUGUAAGCCAACCCCAAUUAAAUGUUGUCCUUAUAAGAAUUGCUUUGGUUGGGCUGGAGAGAUGGCUUAGCGGUUAAGAGCACUAAUUGCUCUUCCAGAGGUCCUGAGUUCAAUUCCCAGCAACCACAUGGUGGCUCACAACUGUCUGUAAAGAGAUCUGAUGCCCGAUUCUGGUGUGUCUGAAGACAGCUACACUGUACUUAUAUAUAAUAAAUGAAUAAAUCUUUUAAAAAAA